CUACAGAGAACACAGUUUGGAAUUGCGAGCGGAAAAUUUUAGAGAAACGGCUACGAGGGAAUGAGGCUACCGCCGACGACAGUUUAUAUAUCAACCUGCAGAUAUGAUUUUUUUGAUGGUUUUUCAUCAGGCACUGAAGUUGGCAUUUCCAUUCUCAUUAGCAUCCAAUUGGGGACAUGCCUAUCCUGGGUUGAAGUUCAUGAUCAUAGCCUAGCAUGUCUUGAUGCCCUGUCUUUUCAGUUGGAGAACUAUUCUUUCAAGGUUUGUAUCUUUCUUUUAGUUUAUGGAGUCUCCACCAUGAUAAAAGAAAUAUUAGUUUCCAUGAAUCUUAUUCUUCUUAGAGGACCCCACAGCCAUUCUUGAAGUUGAAAUAUGACACACGUGUAGUUGUGCACUGACAUUUUUGCAUACAGUACUGUGGCUCUGAUUUGUAUUUAUACUUGUUGCAAGUUGCUUCA